ACUCCACCAGAAUUGCAUGUGGUGCUCUGUUGUACAUUGUACAACAUAAGUAGCGCGUACAUUUCCAUUAUUAUUCGCCAUUUCGCCCUUAAGCAUUAAUAUAUACACACCCAACCCCCAUUCUCUCAGCUAUUCCUCCAACCACCACCAUGUCCGUCAAAGAGUGCGGCCACCACUCCUCCCAACGCCGCAACCUCCUCCGCCUCAUCCUCGGCGCCACCUCCGCCUUCGUCCUCCUCAUCCUCCUCACCAUCUUCCUCAUCUGGGUCAUCCUCCGCCCCACAAAGCCCCGCUUCACUCUCCAAGAUGCCACCCUCUACGCCUUCAACCUCUCCACUCCCACACCCAACACCCUCACCCUCACCAUGCAGGUCACCCUCUCCUCCCACAACCCCAACGCGCGCGUCGGCGUCUACUACCACGCGCUCCACGUCUACGCCUCCUACCGGAGCCAGCAGAUCUCCCUCGCCACCGCGCUCCCCGACACCUACCAGGGCCACCGCGACUUCGCCGUCUGGUCGCCGUUUCUAUUCGGUAACGUCGUCCCCGUCUCGCCGUUUGUGCUCAGCUCACUGCAGCAGGACCAGAGCGCUGCCGGCGCCGUUUUGGUCAACGUUAAGGUCAACGGGAGGGUCAAGUGGAAGGUCGGGUCUUGGGUCUCUGGGAGGUACCAUAUCUAUGUGAACUGUCCCGCGUAUAUUAGCUUCGCCGGAGAUCGGAGCAUUGCCGCCGGAGGACUCGUGGCUUCGCCGGUGAAGUUUCGCCUCUUGCAGAGUUGCAAUGUUGAUGUGUAGAAGAAGAAAGUGAUCAGGUUUUUGCUCUGCUAGCUGCAUCAAGCACCUUGUUCGCAAGUGCAUUGUCUUUGUCCUUUUUUUUUUUUCUCUCUUCUGCUCUGUAUUUAAUUUUUUUUUAGGAGUGAUUAUGAUAUGAUUACUUGGAUAAAGUCAACUUUAGUUUUAUAUUAUGAAAUAGUUAUUCUACGUGAAAUUAAUGUCACCAUUUUUGUUUUUCAUUUCA